UUGUUUACAAAUUUUAAAAUAUUUAUAGGGGACAAAUAUAUUAAAAAGGCGGGAUCUGCUACCUUUAUCAACAUGGAGAAUUACAUACUGUACGACGAAGUUGGUAGAGGAGAACACUCUGUGGUUUACAAAGGUCGUAAGAAAGGAACAAUUGAAUUUGUAGCGAUACACUGUGUUGAAAAAUGCAAGCGACUGGAGCUUCGAAACAUUGUCAGACUGACCCACGAGAUGGAUCAUCUAAAUGUUGUCAAAUUUCGUGAAUGGUACGAGACAACAAAUCACAUCUGGAUGGUGGUGGAGUUAUGUACAGGAGACAGUUUGGACGCCGUCCUGUCUCAAGAUAAACGUCUACCAGUGGAAACUGUCAGGCAAUUUGGAAUUGAAAUUGCAAAAGCAUUGUACUACAUUCACUCCCUUGGAAUUCUUUAUUGUGAUUUGAAACCAUCAAGGAUAAUGCUCGAUGGAGCAGGUGUCUUGAAGUUCAGUAACUUUGCACUGGCCAGAGUUGAAGGAGAGGACGACUUCUAUGACAGUUUACAAGAAGAACAAAAUUCUGACGACGAGGGCCAAAAUUAUAGAGAUACAGAGAAGGAUCAAAGCCAGCGACCCAAACCUUCACCCCACUAUAUGGCCCCUGAAGUACUCAGUGGGGGUCCUCAUUCUAAAGAAAGUGACCUGUGGUCAUUUGGGUGCGUGUUGUAUGAAUUGUUUUCAGGAGAAAAACCUUUUGUUGCAGAUUCUUUUGCAGAACUUGUCACAAAAAUUUUUCACGAAAAUGUCCCUCAUCUGAGAUUAGACAUGGAAGGUGCAAAAAAUGGAGCAUUACAUGACCUUGACAAUGUAAUAAAAAGACUGUUAGAGAAAGAUCCUACACAGCGUUUAGACUGGAAAGAUUUGAUAGUACACAGCUUUUGGCAAGGUGAAUUAGAAAAUCAGUUUAAAUCUGCUGAUGGAAUCAAAGGGGAAGCAGAAACUGAAGAUCAGCAAGAAUUAAAUGAUGAAGGAAAGAGUGAAGAGUUACACAGUGGAAAUGUUGGAGAAGAGAAAGAACAUGUCAAAACCAAGAGUGAUCAAUUACAUCUGCCAGCACAGAUCGUCAGGCAGGGAACAUAUACCUUCAGCAGCAGGCCACAUACAGCUGAUCCUGCUUCAGGUAGUAAGGAAAAUGAAUCUCUAGGCAAAACCCAUACAGUGGUCAGAAGAAAAACAUUAGAUGAUCAAGAUGAGAGUGAGUCCAACUCAACUAAAAAUGCAAAAAGAGAUUCAACAAAUGUAGUUUUUGGAACUUCAGAAUCAAAGAACAAUAAGUCAAACCUGGUGAAACAAAAUCGAACGUUCAAAAAAUCUGACUUCAAUAAGCUGAAACAGAAUGGACUUAAUCAAAGUGAAGCUCAGGAAUCUACAAGUUCAGUACUUCAGGAUCAGCAGGUUAAAGACAACAGAAGUCCAACUCAUAACAAAAUUUCAGAUUUAGUGAGUCAUCCAUCAGAUUUUAUCGUGACACCAAUUGCUGAUAACCCUCGCAUAAAGAAAUUUUCCCUUCCCAAAUGGGAUUCAAAGGCACUACCUUGUCAACCUCUAAAACCAGGAGAGCUUGUGGACCUUCCAAGAGAAAAAUUUGAAGAGCAUUUAACUUCCAUUAGCAGUUUGUUGAGUCAAAAUGACAGAGCAAAUGCUGGCCCUGUUGCCUCUCUUCACCGAAGCAAAUUACACACAGCAUCUUAUUUGGCAUCACUGUGCCGAGAUGGAGAGAUUGUUAAUGAAGUCUUUGAUUCAGAUUUUAUACCAGUGAUGCUGAGACAGAUCAAGUCUGGUUUUUCAGCUGAUUUCAAAUCAAGACUUGGAUAUGCUCUCAGUCUUUUAGCUGGUAAUGCUACAAUGAUUUCUGAGGACUUCAACAUGACAGAAGUGUUCACAGUAUUAACAGAGGUGAUCAGAGACAACUUUCGGAAUGCCAAGCUCAAGCAACAUCUUUUGCCUGCCCUGGGCGAGUUUCUGUUUUAUGCUGCGACUCAGGAGGAAAAUUUAGGAGGUGAAAUUCCACAAUGGGACGUUCCAGGAGUCACAUUCACUAUUGUCACCAGAUGUCUACAUGAGGGAGAAGAUAUCGCGGUGCAGCACUUUGCUGCUAAAGCCAUUGAGAACGUGGCGUCAACCCAUGGCAGACAUUGCACGAAAUUUGCCACAAAUGACACGGCUCAGCUUCUUUGGAAUUUCUUCACUCACUGUACCAUUGAUGCUCAGAAGGUGACAGCGAUUUCAGCGCUCAGUCGCUUGACAAUUAAAUCACCUACAGUCUUCCAACAUGUGAUUGAGAAGGCAGGUUUCAAAGCAGUAAGCACAGCCUUGGCCAGCAGCAUUCCUAAGAUCCAGCAAGGUUUAGUUACAAUGUUCGUCGUGCUGCUUUCUAACAGACCUCAGAUGCGAAGGCUUGUUCAAGAACGAGACCUGGCUACCAAGGGUCUUCAUCUGUUUGAGAGUCCAUCCAUGGUUAUCCGGGGAAAGGCCUUCCUUCUGGUCCUAACCUUGAUCCAGUCCAGCCCGGAAGCCCUCCUCAUGUGCUGCCAGUCCCGGCUGGUCAUGUACAUCGAGCGGCAGCUAAAGAGAGGUACCCCAAUUAAAGGCGAGAGCCGGGAGAAUCGAGACUAUCUUGUGCAGUGUCAGAAUAUUUGCAUGUCCGCCAUCGUUGAAGCGGUACCCGGGAUCCUGUUGGAUGUGUUGGCGUCUCUGGAUGCGGUUCAAGGAAGGAAGCACCCCUCGGCGAGUCACGCCAAGCAGCUGCGGACAAACCUUCCACUGUUGUCCAUCAUUCUGCACCUCGUUACAAGUCACGCUUUUCGUUCUCAAGUAACAAAUGAAGAAUUUCUCGUCAAUGUCGGCUUGCUUCUGUCGCAUGUGACUUCAAUUGAUUCUGGAAGCACCAGCAUUGGAUCAGCAGCGGGACCGAACGCAGCAGAAGACCUUAUCAGCGUGGUGUUGUCUAUUGCGGAAGCAAUCACGCAACACCCUCCUAUACUGCUGGAGUAUCACGCUGUUGUCACACAACACAUCCUGCCUCAUCUGGCUGCUCUGAUGAGCAGUACAAAUGGAGAUACACGAGUGUUAAGCUUCAGAAUGUUUGCCGAUGUAGCGUCGCUGUAUCUUGAUAACCAUAAUGUGUACAAUUCCUCCAGUGAUGUUGAAGAUGUGUUGAAAAGUACCAGCAAACUAAAUGAGGUUAUUAAUAAUCACUUACUGCCUCAGUAUCAUCUCAUCCUGCAAGACCAAGAUCCUUUACCAGCAUAUGGUCUUAAACUGUUGCUAUCUUUCUUGGAAAGAAGCCCCGACAUCAUCCACACAGUUGUGGAUCAAAAGCUUCUUCUUACCAUGUCCCAGAUCCUACAGUCCCACACCGACCGAGUCGACAGGGGAAUGGUGCUGAGUACAGUUGGUUUACUGGACUGUUUGGUUUCUGCCAAAGAUGUUGACGUUUCUUUGUUAUACGACCAAGGUUUAAUCGAUAUCCUCGUUUCCGUUUUCGUUGACGUUGCGUCGGCACAAAACGAGGAAAAUUUUACUGGAAAUGACCCCUCAGUGGCGCUGUUGCUUCCCCUUUUCGAUGCUUUGAAUAACACGUUGAAAUUCGUCUCCAGAGAAGUACGCAAAGCUCUGCAGGCGAAGACUGAGGCGAGACCAGACAACGAGGCUCAGACGCAACUGGCGGAGAAGCUCCUUGUGGAGAGUAAACCGCUGGUCGACAUGACUGGCUUGCUUAUCAACUUUCUCUGUCACGAGGACCUGGAUGUGAGAGACAGUUCUUGUAGGUGCUUGUAUCUAAUGGUGGAACUUUUUGGAGGGAUUUAUGAGGACUCUCUAAGCGCGGAAAACAUGGAGUGCUUUGCGGAGGCUUUGAGCGCCGCUGACGUUAAGAAACAAAAACAGCUUUUACGAAUUAUCAAACGAUUAGUUUCUCCCAAUAUACAGAGCAAUUAUUUGGAAGGAAACAGUUUGCAAAGACUCAUUCAUGUUCUGCAAGGACUGCCGACGGACUCCUCCAGCGCAGAAGGAUCGGCUGUUGGAAGCCUCAUAGGAGAAAUUCUUCUCAAAUUCGGCCAUGAUAAUUAGCCCCUCUGGCUGAGAUUAUGAUCUUAGCCGACAUAGAAGGGUUGUUGUAAGUUAUUUUUCCUGUGGUGUUAUCUCGAAUGCCACGCAGUAAAGUGUGUUCACUUCAGAUUUUGAUAGUGAUUAAUUCCCAAGGAGAGAAGGGGUAUUCUGGGGAUCUUCUGCCAGGGGAGGGGUUAUUCUGGGAUGCACCCCCCAGGUCAAAUCACUUACCACUUUCGACCGGAAAAAAAUGGAAAACAAAAACCCCAUCAUGAGACAACAGUAGAA